GGUUGAGUAGGCGGGAUUUCCAGUUCUCCGACGCUUGCAAGUGUUAAUCGGGUUAUCUUUAAAUGCAUUUGAUGGUCUGUAUUAUCUGGAUAUACCAUUCUGUAAUUAGUACAGGUAUAUUGUAUUUGUCGUUGUCGUCUUACUUGCACUGCGAAGACUCUAUUUCCCACAAUCCUUUGCUGCUGGAAAGUCGACCAAGAUGUCAGCGCCCGAGAGGUUCGUGUCCGGGGUUGUUGCAGGACUAUAAGCUUACAAAAAAAAAAUUACGAUUUAAAAAAAAUAAUCAUAAACCUCCAUUAACGCGAACUGAUGUGACUCUCUUAGCAUUGUUUGCAACAUUUUAUUAUACUGCGUCAGCAGUGGAUAUUUUGUACUUUGCUUAUCUUGAUCACGUUGUGGGAUUUUUAAACAAAUGAUUGUUUCUGUCGUGCACCAGUGGUGUGGAACGCCACUGUCACCAUGUGUUUUACUAUUUAAAAUUUGCAGACGGAAAAUUCCAGACCAUAUUAUGAAUUAUUCCGUCUUAAAACGUUGCUGUAUGAAGAGGCUGCAUGUUUUUUCGAAUAAUUUCAAGCAGCAGUUCUCGAAUCUCAGCACACAAAGUGACAAGGAAGUCAUUGACCUAUCCGAGUUUCCUGUGGAUAGAAUCAGGAAUUUUUGCAUCAUUGCACAUAUUGACCAUGGAAAAAGCACACUGGCUGACAGACUAUUGGAAAUGACAGGCGCUAUAGCAAAGACAGACAAGAACAAACAGGUGCUGGACAAACUCCAGGUGGAGCGAGAGAGAGGCAUAACCGUGAAGGCUCAGACGGCCUCUUUGUUUUACACACACCACGGCCAACAGCACCUUCUGAACCUCAUUGACACACCGGGACACGUUGACUUCAGCUAUGAAGUGUCUCGGUCCAUAUCUGCCUGUCAGGGUGUCCUGCUGCUUGUUGACGCCAAUCAGGGCAUUCAAGCACAGACAGUGGCCAACUUCUAUCUGGCCUUUGAAGCUCAGCUCACGAUCAUCCCUGUCAUUAACAAGAUUGAUUUGAAAAACGCGGAUCCAGAGAGAGUGGAGUCCCAGAUUGAAAAUGUGUUUGACAUUCCUCGCGAGGACUGCAUUCGGAUAUCAGCUAAACUGGGUACGAAUGUUGAAAAUGUUCUCCAAGCCGUUGUUGAGCGAAUUCCACCGCCUACAGCAAUUGUUCAUGACCCCUUCAAAGCACUGGUCUUUGACUCCAAUUUUGACCACUACAGAGGAAUAGUAGCUAACAUUGCUGUGUUUGCUGGUCAUGUCAAAAAAGGGGACAAGAUCGUCUCCGCACAUCUUGGCAAAGCCUAUGAGGUCAACGAGCUCGGACUUCUUUGUCCACAGGAGCAUCCCACACAGAAACUAUUUGCGGGACAGGUGGGCUACCUCAUAGCCGGGAUGAAGGAGGUAAAGGAGGCACAGAUUGGGGACACCCUCUACCACCAGGACCAGCCAGUGGAAGCUCUGCCUGGCUUUAAGCCAGCCAAAGCAAUGGUGUUUGCUGGUAUGUAUCCAGUGGACCAGUCAGAGUACCCGGGCCUUCGUAGCGCCAUCGAGAGACUGACACUAAACGACUCAAGUGUCACAGUGCAGAGAGACAGCAGUUUGGCGCUUGGAGCUGGUUGGAGGCUGGGCUUCCUGGGACUCCUUCAUAUGGAGGUGUUUAAUCAGAGGCUGGAGCAGGAAUACAAUGCCUCUGUUAUCAUAACAGCACCAACCGUACCUUACAAGGCAGUGCUCUCGUCAGCUAAACUCAUCAAGGAACAUGGCAAGGAGGAGAUCACAGUAGUGAACCCAGCUCAGUUUCCAGACAGAUCGGUAGUGUCGGAGUAUUUAGAACCAAUGGUGCUGGGGACCAUUUUAGCACCUGACACGUACACUGGCAAGAUUAUGACUCUCUGCUUGAAUCGCAGAGGAAUCCAGAAUAAUAUGAUGUACGUCGAUGACCAUCGUGUGAUGAUGAAGUAUCUCUUUCCUUUAAAUGAAAUUGUUAUGGAUUUCUAUGACCUCCUCAAGUCUCUCUCUUCUGGAUAUGCCAGCUUUGAUUAUGAAAAUGCAGGCUAUCAGGCUGCUGACCUCAUAAAGAUGGAUAUUCUUUUGAAUGGACGCCCGGUGGAAGAACUCACCACAAUUGUGCACAGAGCACGUGCAUACAGCACAGGAAAAGCCAUUUGUGAGCGACUCAAGGAUUCAAUACCAAGGCAAAUGUUUGAAAUUGCUGUACAAGCAUCUAUUGGAAGUAAAAUCAUUGCAAGAGAGACGAUAAAGGCGUAUAGAAAAAAUGUCCUCGCAAAAUGUUAUGGAGGUGACAUAACACGCAAGAUGAAGCUCCUGAAAAAACAGGCAGAAGGCAAAAAGAAGAUGAGGCGUAUUGGCAACGUGGAAGUACCCAAAGAUGUUUUUAUUAAUGUUCUGAAGAGGAAAGAAAACUAGAGUAAUUGCAUUGUUUAAA